AGAACCCAAAAAACAGAGGAGGAGCUGCAAGCUUCCAACACCGCUGCCGCCGCCUUCCCUCGGUGCUGGAUCGAUCGAUCGAUCGCGACGAUGGUUCGGCCGCGCGGCACGACGAGCACGGGGCGGCACCGCAUCGAGAUGAGCCUCAGGCCGGACAAGAACAGCCGGCAGGUCACCUUCUCCAAGCGCCGCGCCGGCCUCUUCAAGAAGUGCUCCGAGCUCUCCAUCCUCUGCGGCGCCCGCGUCGCCGUCGUCGUCUUCUCCGAGGCAGGCAACGUCUUCGCCCUCGGCAGCCCCUCCAUGGAGGCCGUCCUGCACCUCCACGACGGCGCCCCUGUUCCUGCCGCUGACGUCGACGACCGUGAGGUGCUGGAGGAGAUGUUUCGGGCCAGGGAGGCGACCGCGGAGCAGGUCGCGCGGAUGAAUUCCAUCGGGGACAAGGUGGUCAAGGCCCAGAGGGGGAGGCGGUACUGGUGGGAGGCCGACGUGGAGGCGCUCGGGGAGGCCGAGCUGCCGGAGUUCGCCAGGGCGCUCGGCCGGCUCAGGGCCAACGUGCGCCGCCACGCCGACAGGCUCCUCCCCGCCAGGUUCUUUGCUACCUACCCUGCAAAUGAGGAGAUGUUUCGGGCCAGGGAGGCGGCCACGGAGCAGGUGGUGUCUGAGAUCGCGCGGAUGAAUUCCAUCGGGGACACGGUGGUCAAGGCCCAGAGGGGGAGGCGAUACUGGUGGGAGGCGGACGUGGAGGCGCUCGGGGAGGCCGAGCUGCCGGAGUUCGCCCGGGCGCUCGGCCGGCUCAGGGCCAACGUGCGCCGCCACGCCGACAAGCUCCUCCCCUGA